UUAUCUGUCCUGUAUUAUCCUGUGUAGAGCAGACCCAGAGCAGCCCCAGUGUAGCUAAAACGAACAAGCCCUAUAUUGAUAUUGGGUGUAAAUAACCUUCGUAGAUUUACGCAGCAGUGCGCAACAGUGAGACUCGUGUUUUUCGCACAUGCAAAGCGGUUGGUGAAGUACAAACGGUCAAAACUCGAACAAUUGCUGUUACAUCGUGUCGAUGAUAUCACGUUUAACUGAGCAAGAUGAACGAAACUUUGCUGCCUCCUUCACCGAACUGGUAUAUAAACAGUAUUUUUGCUUGCUCGAGACGCAGAACUCUGGCAUGGGGUGCCAAGAAUUUUAUCGUUAUUGCCAAGCAGAAAGAGGAUAAUGAUACUCUGCAGUAUUCUAUCAUUAAAGAUCCUACUGCUGUUUACGACAAAAUCACCGCAGUGGCUUUCUGUCCCCAACCUCAUAAUUCAGAUGAUGCAACUGAUCCAGAGUUAUUACUUUCUGCGAAUGACGAUGAUAAAAUUAGGAUUUGGAAUGUGGACACAUUAGAAUUAAUCAUGGAAUUCUCAUUUAAGAAUGGGAGCAAGUCAAUAGUAGGAGUUGACUGGUCAACCAACAAUGUGGCAUAUGCAGUAACUUCCCAGGGCUUUUUAAUGUGUUGUAACAUACAAUAUGAAUCAUCCAAGAUAGUGCCUCUGGGAAAACUAACGGCUACAUGUUUGGCAUGUUGUCCUCAUGAAGAAAAUCUUGUAGCGAUAGGUGCCAAAAGUGGAUUAAUUUAUGUUGUUAACAAGGAAACAAUAUUGUAUAGAUUGAGAGGACACAAUGAGGAAGUAGUUAGUUUAUCCUGGUGUCCUUCUGCCAUGAAUGUAAUAAGUGCAAAUGACAAGAGGGAUCUACUUUUAGCUUCCGGUGGAAAAGACAAAUCCGUGUUUAUUUGGAGAGCUGGUAGAGACGGCAGGUACGAGAUGGUGAUACAUUUACCAAACGCGCCAAACACAAAUUCCUUUCAGCAACAUAAAAGCAAGCUCGGUGUUAAGGGCGGAGUUUGGACUGCAGUGUGUUGGGCAGAGCCCAAGACACUUCUGACUAGCUCAGUCUGGGGGGAACUCCUUUCUUGGGACCUCUCGACGAACGUGAACACAACUGUUAACUCGAACAAAAUCAAGCCUUUGCACACGUUGAUCCAUGCAUAUCACAGUAGGGGAUUGUUUUGCAUAGCCACCGAACCUAGAAACGAUAUGUUGUCUGAUAAUUGGAGAGCAACUUCUGAACUCACGGUCUGGACUUUGGCGCAAGAUCGCUGGAUUAUAUGUUGCAAGCAGAACAGCGAUCCUGAGAAACCGCCGAUUCUAAAGUACAAGAUUCCCACACAAGCGGGAUUUGUCUAUUGCAUGGCAUCCUGUCCCAUCGAAACUUCGCGCAUUGCGUUCGGCGUGGGAGACGAAAUGCUGCGUUUGUGGAACUUGUCUGAAUCUCAUACAACAACUUUCGACGUUAUCGCACAUUGGCAGAAAAUAAAGGGCAAAAUAAGGACGAUAUCGUGGUUCCCUGAUGACGAAUCCACAGUGGCGUUCGGCACUUCAGAGGGUCGUGUUGGCAUAUUUGAAGCAAUCGGUACUUUGAGCAAGCCACCCAUAUUAUUCAGGCAGUAUCAUAGAAACAUCGUUUACAAGAUCGAAUGGGUUCAACUCGAGUCAGAAUAUUAUUUGUUUUCCUGUUCGGAACGGGAACUGGUAGCGUUUAAGAAAUCCGAGCCGGACGCUGAACCUAUGUCUAUAAUAAAGAAUGGGUGCACCGAGUUUUCUUGGAAAUCCAAUGUGUGCUUAGCGAUCGCACUGGAAAAUGGAUCGAUAGUGUUCUACAAUCAGAAACUGAAGAAACGCGGCAGCACGAUACAUAUCGUAAGAAAUACAGUGAAUUGCUUAGUGUGGCACCCCGAUAGUACAACGACGGAUAAAUGGAUGUCGCCUAAUGCAAACUAUUUGGCCGUUGCCUCCGAUUCGGAAAACAUAGUAAUUUAUGAUCUGUCAGAGCUGAUACAAAUUUUGAAGGCAACGGACACCGAGGACACUGCGCAGAGCGAUCAUGACAGUGAAGAAGAUCGCAAGACGUUUAAGUUGGUAGCGUCGCUAAAAGGACAUUCCGAUAGAGUGGUUUGUUUAGCUUGGUGUCCGCAUGUCAGCGGGCUUUUAGUGUCCGGCAGCUACGACGGUACCGCGCAAGUGUGGAAUGUUGAAAAGCAGGAAUUGUUAAGCACGUUCUCUGGUCACGAUGGAACCGUUCUGUCCUGCAUGUGGAGUCCCCUCAAACCUCAAUUUAUAAUAACCGGCUCCUCGGACUUCACGAUACGCAUAUGGGAUUACGGCGCGACAGCACAGUCGCCACGAUCUGCUGUGAAGAAGAAGUACAAGCCAUUAAAGAAAAUUCAAAGUAAAACGGACGAUUCGAACGUGCAGAAUGGUUUGAACAGUCUGAUGAGUUCCAUUUCUCUUACCGAACGCACAAAGUCUGAGGUGUCGCUAUAUAAGAAAAAAGAGAAAAGAUGUUAUUUCAAUAGAUACAAUAAAGCAGUAACUAAAUCUAAGCUUCUGGAUUUCGUCAAGACCGACAUAAGAAAGAAUGAAAAUCAAGAAAAUUGCACUCUCGCGGACUUAUCGCUGUUUUGUGAAAAGAAAGAAGAUUUCAUGACACUCAUCGCUGCAGAGCAGUCAGCGCAAGAAGAUUUAGACGCCAUUACUGAAAUGGCUGUGUGGUGUAACGGAAACGAAUCUGGAUACAUGUCUCUGGAAGACAAUCUGCGACGUGCAGCCAAGAAUCAGAAACUGAAUGACUUUUUGGUGUCACUCGCGCCGAACGUUUCCACGAGAAUGUGGAGGGAAAUGUGCGAAGCGUACGCGCACCAGUUAAUAACGCAAAAGAAUGUGGAGAAGGCGGUGUCAUAUUUGCUUUGCAUACACAAAAUUUACGAAGCUAUCGAGGUAUUUCUGAAUGUCAAGAUGUUCAAGGAAUCUUACGCGCUCGCGAGAUGUAGAUUGGAUGCUGAGGAUCUGAUUAUGAAAAAAAUAUUAUUGAGUUGGGCCGAAUGGACUAUUGGAGUCGGUCAGCUAGAACAGGCAGCUCACUGUUACAUAAAACUGGGACAGUUGGACAAGGCGACGGAGGUCCUCGCUCGUCGUAAAGAUGUGUGCUGCUUGGAACUGGCUUCUGAAUUAGCGUUUCUAAACGGCGAUGAAGGAUAUGGCGUAUCAUUAAUUACGGAAGCAGUGAAACGUGCUCUCGUCAAAUCAGACUGGUCGAAAGCGCGCGCCCUCAUCACGGACGUUCGACAGCUUCAGUAUCUAAACGUGUACGUAGAUGUUCACGAGGCGAUUAUGCACUCGUAUGGGAAACGGUCCGCGUUGGAUUUAUUGCAGACAUGGCUCCAAGGACAGGAAAACGAUAGGGUGUUGCAAAGUCUUGAAAGAGAAUACAAUGCCUCUUAUUACGAAGCCUUGUGCAAGGACGCAAUUAUUAAUAUGACUUCGAAAAAAGAGACAAUCAAUAUAGUGCACUUCAGCACCAGUUAUGAACUAGCUAAAGCGGUUGCGUGCAACUCAAAAGAGACCCGAUUGAAACAUAUAACAAUGGCAUUAAGCAUCGUGUUUGAGGACGAAAAGAUAUUGGCGGAAAAAGGAGCGAAACACGGACUAAGGGCAGACGAAAGAUUCUUCACUUAUAUUCUCACAAUAUUGGACAAGAAACCAACGGAAGAGUCAGAUGACAACAUUUACGCAAAGAGUGAUUAUUUCGUGUCGCAAAGUAUACGUGCGUAUUUAUGCGUUGGCAUUCUGGACUGGAUGCUGGAUUAUUCGGAUCAACUAUCAGUUAAGGAAGAGACACAGUUAACGCAGCUGGUAUUGAAUUUGCUGACCGAUGCCAUAAGUGACAUAACUGUGUUUUAUGAGAAUAAGUUUAAUGAAACCGAUCAAUUGGUUCAAAAACUUACGGAUUUCACGUGUUCACCGAAUUACAAUGAAGAAGAAUAUAAUGUGCAGAUCGGAGAAAUAGAAAAAUUAAAAACUAUUGAAAGAAGUUUUAAGAAGGAACGGGUUUGCAUGCCGAAUCCUAGUAUUGUUUUCUCCAAGGCUUGCUCAGUUAUCGACCUACUACGUAAUGAAAUGAACCAAUUUCAACUUUUAGAUUUUUUACAUGAGUUGGUCGAAACAGAAAAGAUAAAGCCAUUGGAAUUAGAAAACAAUUUAUUAGUAAAAUUAAAGUAUCUGUCUAAUGUUAUAAAAGAAGGUACAUUAGAAGAAUAAGUUUUAAGAACUAUUAAGAAAAAAUAACAGCGCGAUUACUAAUAAUUUUAUAAAAGAAAAAUAGAUUUAGUUAUUUUUAUAUAAU